UUGCGCCGGGGGAGGUGCCGCCGCGUUGCCGUGGCAACGGGAGCCGGAAGUGCGUGUGCGGCGCGGCGGGGAAGGAGCGAGGGCGGCGGCGGCGGCGCGAGGAGCCCCGGGGCGGCGAGACGGCCAUGGCGGAGCUCCACGUCAUCGGGCAGCUGGUGGGCGCCAGCGGCUUCGCCGAGAGCGGCCUCUUCUGCAAGUGGGACAUCCAGGCCGGCGGUGCCUGGCAGCUGCUGGGGGGGCGGCGGCAGGGCCAGACGCAGGUGGACGAGCCGCAGGCCGGCGACGUGGCCUACUGGUGCCACCCCAUCGACGUGCACUUCGCCACCAAGGGGCUGCAAGGGUGGCCCCGGCUGCACCUGCAGGUGUGGCACCGCGACGCGCUGGGCCGCAGCGCCCCGGCGGGCUACGGGCUGGUGACGGUGCCGGCGCGCGCCGGGUGGCACCGGGUGGCCUGCGGCACCUGGCGCCCGCGGGGGGGCCCCCGGCAGCGCCUCGCCCGCCGGCUGCUCGGGGGGGGCCCGGCCCUGCGGCGGCCCGGCCCGGCCCUGGGUGCCGCCGAGCGCUGCCGCCUGCGCACCGAGGCCGCCGGCACCGUGCACCUGCAGCUCGCCGUGCUGCCCCGCCACCUCGCCCGCUACGGCGUCCGCGCCUAGCGCCGCCCCCGCGCGCCGGGGCCCCCCGUGGGCCGGGACGCCUGGGCCCCCCCGGGGCAGGACGCUGGGGCCCGGAUGCCAGGGUCCCGCAAGGACCAGGACGCCUGGGCCCAGGACGCCUGGGCCCCCGCACACCAGGGGCCAGGACGCCUGGGCCCCCCAUGGGCCGGGACACCUGGGUCCCACACGGACCAGGACGCCUGGGCCCAGGACACCUGGGCCCCCAAUGGGCCGGGAUGCCUGGGCCCAGGACGCCUGGGCCCCCCCGGGGCAGGACGCCUGGGCCCCCCGGAGCAGGACGCCUGGGCCCCCCAGGCACGGAACACCAGGGACCAGGACGCCUGGGCCCCUCGGGCUCGGCCCGCCAGGGACCCACCCGUGCUGCCCCCAGGGCCGGGACGCCUGGGCCCCCUGUCCCCCCCCCCCC